UCUUGGUGUUCUGACUGGCACUAUCUUUACGCGGUCGUCUCACUGACUGGGGUGGGUGAACAGGGGUUCGCUAAUAACCAAGAAAAUCUACAUUAUUGUCCAUUGCAUGUCAUUAUUUACAUUCCAGCAGACUACUGGAUGUGUUUGCUGUUGUUAGUUACCUCCACGUCAGUAGAUGGCGGUCAAACAUUCGGUUGGUCCGUAGGUCAACCACCACCCACCAAAAAUGAAACAGACCAGGAACUGUUUGGUACUGGUACAAAUAUGUUGCACAGCCGCUUCGUAUGAUAAGAUCAGAAUAACGUUAAACGAAUGAAUUUAGCCCCUAUUAUUGAGACACAAGUUAGAUAACUAUCGACGUAAGAAAUCCGUGCAGGCGUGCGUUGACCUACCUCCGAAAUGUAUCUAGAAAUGUCUCGAGACGCUUAUGUUGAUUGAUAGUGUUCCCUGUUAGCUCUUUGGCAUCAUCUUUCUGUUCACACGAUGUACGUUUUAUGCACGGUUAUUGCGGCUUUGGUCUGCUUUAUAAUUUUGAAGUGGAUGAAAGUAAGAAGGUACUGUACAGAUGUGAAACGCCUGGAUGGAAAAACCGUCCUUAUAACUGGGGGGAACGCCGGUAUUGGCAAAGAGACAGCGGUGAACCUUGCGAUGAGGGGAGCCCGUGUCAUCAUCGCCUGCCGAGAUGUCGACAAAGCACGGAAGGCUGUGAGGGAAAUCAAGGCGAGAAGUCACAACAUGGACGUGUUGUACAUGGAGUUGGACCUAGCCAACAUGAAGUGCAUCCGGGAAUUCUGUGCGUCCUUUUUGAAAAAGGAGAAAAGGCUCGACAUUCUGAUCAAUAAUGCGGGGAUGCCAAGCGUGCUGGACUGGACGGACGAUGACUUCAGCAUGUGCUUUGGUGUGAACCACCUCGGCCAUUUCCUGUUGACCAACCUGCUGUUGCCGCGGCUACAGGAGUGCAGCCCCAGCCGCGUGGUCACUCUCACCUGUGACAACUACAAGUACCAACGGCUGAACUUCCAGGACCUGAACUACAACCUGUUCCCCUUCUUCACCUACUGCCGCAGCAAGCUGGCCAACAUCUACUUCACCCAGGAGCUGGCCCGCCUCACCCAGGACAAGGGGGUCACCGCAUACGCCGUGCAUCCAGGUUAUGUGCAGAGUGACUGGACGUGCCACUUCUCCAUCCUGUUCCGCAUAGUGAUGCAGGUGGUGAUGUUCAUGUUCUUCAUAUCAUGUGAGAUGGGAGCCCAGACGGUGGUGCACUGCGCCGUCUCCGACUCAGUAGCGGACAGCAGCGGAGGCUACUUCGCAGACUGCCGGCCCGCCAAGCUGCGGCCGUUUGCCAAAGACGCCGGCGUAGCCAAGAAGUUGUGGGAGGCCAGCGAGAGGCUGGUUCGGCUAGCCUGACCUGACAUGGACGCUAGUUAUUACGAUUACGGUCAGCGAGAGGCUGGUUAUGGUUAGGCUAGCCUGACCAUGGACGUUAGUUAUUACGGCCAGCAAAAGACUGAUAGGCUAGCGUGACCAUGGACACUCGUUAUUACGAUAAGCCUCUCAACGCCCCCUUGAUCUCAUCAUAAGCCUGCCAACGCCCCGCCCCCCUUAGUAUUAAAAAAAUAAAAUAGAUUAAUGUCUCCCAAUGGCAAUUGAGCACUCCGCCUCUCAGCUGUGUCCUUCUCAACACCCCCUGGGGGGCUGUAGAGCCCCCAUUACGCUGAGAGUCAGCUAGUUGGCGAUCACAGGCAAGUGAGAAAUUAAUGGGCUUCAAUUGGGCUACCUAAUUCCACCCUCCCAAUAUUACAUUCGAAACUUGACAGUACCUCCUCCUAUUACAUACAGUAUAUAAUACCAACCAUAGUUCUGAACAGGAAGUGUGUAUUUAUGAAGUUGAUGGCUGGAAUUUGGAGUUAACAAAUAUUUUAGCAUUUGGCCCUAUUGACUCCCAUUCAGGUUUCUAACUCAUCACUUGUCUGGGUUUGCCAUCUAGGUGGAACUGCACGGGCUGUGCAAUAGGAGCCAAUGGAAGUGACCAUUCUCAUAUAUUACACCUUCUCUGACUAGUUAUUGGGGCCAGUGAGAGGCUGGUUUGGAUAGGCUGAGUAACAGACAAAUUAUUGCGCUACUGGGCCAUUAACGUUUUGUACUAGCAGACGUCAGGCUGGUGCAACGACACCUAAUUUUACUCUAGUAUAGUAUUGUAUGAUUCUUUGUUUUUACAGGUUUAUCUAUUUGCUUGUAAUAUUGCUUAUAUUCAUUGCCUGUACAUACAGUUCUAAUUAUUAAUUAAUUUAAAUGUUAGUUCUAAUUAUUAAUUAUUUAAUGAAUGCAUGAGUAAUAAUAGAUGUGGUUGUACUACCUGGAGUCUGCUACUAAAAAACGUCAUUGACACUGAGUAUUCACCAUUUUUUUCAUCCAUUGUUAUUUAUUACAUAACUGAUAUGUUCUUUGUUUACAACACUGUGUGUUUGUGUUUGUUUUUCUAUAUGGAUGCUGAGAGUGAACUUGCAUGGUGGUUUUGAAUAAAAAAUUUUUUUAAAUGCUUCAAUGGAAGCUUCCCUGUCCAGUCAUUACAUCUUUCAUGCAGAGGGAGAAAGAGAGAGAGGAGAAGGGAGAAGCGAUGAGUGGUCAUUUGUGUGUUAUUUUAAUAGUCAUUUUAUUGAUAACACUUUGAACACAUUGCCUUAAGUUUGGGAACACAGAAAGCAUGUUUGUAGAACAGAGUAGUAGUCAUCGUAAGAAUCAGAAAUAGCGAAUAAUGCCUUUUUUUAAAUUACAGGAACCCAAACAGACAAAAGGGAAAAUUGUGUAGACUCAACUUUUCGAAGAAACCUUUAUUUUUUGUACAAGUUUUAUUAAUUUGUUUUAAGUUUUUUUUCUUAUUUUUUGCUUUGUGUUUUCUUUAAAACAGAGGAGCCUGGUGAAACAAAAUGUAGGACUGAAAUAAGAUGAGUUGGCUCAGUGUUGUCCAUGCAGGUAGCCAGACAGGUAGUGUGGAACAAUGUGGUAUAUUCUGCGCCAUUAACUAACCUGAUUUUGAAGAUGCCGUUCUGUGAUACCUAAUAAUGGCAAGUGCCCACAUCUACCCUUUCUUUCCUAUGGGUGUAUUUUGCAACCCACGGCUGAUCUUUAAGGGGGGUUAUAGCAGUCUUCAGAGCUGUUUGGACGAAAAAAACCCACAUAUCUCCAAUGAUUUUGGGACCAGUUAGUUAUUACAAAAGAACUCAGUUCCCUUGGAGAUCGGAACAUUGCUGAGGACUUCUAGAGUCCUCAACUAGGUGUGGCCUUUAGAGCCGUCUAGCAGUCUAUACUUAACAACCACACUGGCAAAAUCCACCACAAACCUACAUUCUUUCAUUUCAGGCACUGACACGAUGUAGAAUUAUAGCCUUGGCCUUGCUCACUCUUAUUUAAGUCAGUCCAUCAAUGUGUGCAUUUUCCCCUCCUAUUGGGCAUUGUGGUUCCUCACAGAACAGCGUGACCAGAGAAAUAUAAAUCUUUCUUACUCUAUAGUGUUAUUAAUACAUUAAACUGGUCUGGAGAAGACACAUAAUACUGAACUAUUUAUCAGACCUUUAUAGAUAGAGGACACUUCGUCAACCUGCACAGACAACAAUGAGCAUGGUUGUGUUUUUCCCCUUUUGUACAAAAUAGCAUGCCAAAGAAUAGUUAUAAUAACACUCUUUAUCGUGAGAGUCACCUUCAUCAUCGUCAUCACUGUAAGAAGCAUUUACAGCAUCAUCGUCAUGGUAAUAGUAAUUUCGAGACAAAAAUAUUUUAUGCACUUAAAAAGCUCAGAAAAUAGAUAGAGAAAGGUUCAGUUAACCAGCAUUCGAUAGAAAAUGAAAAAGGUAAAAGGAAGGAGAAGAAAAAAAAAACACCAAACCUAGUGUCCAGUUGACUUGUCAAUCAUGCAAAGAAAUAUCAGCUACAGGCGCUUUUUUGUUAACGGUAAUAAUCUUUAAAAUGCUGUAUCAUCUCUUUAGUAAAGUGUAUCUGGACUCUUGGAGAGAAAAAAAUGCUUUUCAAUGUAAAACACACUGAGAAGAACAUAGGUACAUUUUUACAUGCUGUUUUUUUUUCUCAUAGAUUUUCUUUCUUUUUUUCCUGCAGGUUAGGGGUGGUGUGUAGGAGGGUGGGGGGGUGGAGAGGCAUUGAGACGGGACAGGACAGGACGGGACAGGACAGGGGUAGCGGUCGGUUAACUAUAUGCUAGCAAUGAGCCCAAAGCCUGGGUCAGGUACUGUAAAGGGGGACCAGGCACUAGAAACAAUGAUCCGAAGCCUUUUGGAAUUUUUCUCCUGCCUUAAUAGGACAAGAGUAAUAUCUCCAACAGCAACAGCCAAUUGCAUUGCACGAUGAGUCCAGGAACCAAGUGUAUGCAGUCUGUGUUUUCACACCAGGACAUCACAUGACCGAGCAGAAGCGACACAUGGGUUUGAGUUGGGCACUAGACUAUGCGUUUGAGAUGGGCACUACACUAUGGGUUUCAGAUUGGCACUACACUAUGGGUUUGGGAUGGGCACUGGACUAUGGGUUUGGGAUGGGCACUGGACUAUGGGUUUGGGAUGCGCACUAGAGUAUGGGUUUGAGUUUGGCCAGAGAGGA